UGGAUUGAUGGACCUCCGUUAUGGCCAAACGGACAUGAUUCUACAUUCAGCACCUGUGGCAAAAUGUCGAAUAUGAUCACCCUGACCGCCAUCAGCAUUUUGUACUUGCCUGUUUUGCUGUUUGAGGCGUUUGUGUUGUCCAAAGGCAAGUAUGAGAGGUCAGUGGUGCCCAGUUCUGCCUCUCGUCUGGUGGCCAGGAUGGACGGGGAUAUCAUAAUCGGUGCUCUCUUCUCCGUCCACCACCAACCGUCGGCUGAGAAGGUGGCAGAGAGGAAAUGUGGAGAAGUCCGUGAGCAGUAUGGCAUCCAGAGGGUGGAGGCUAUGUUCCACACCUUGGACAGGAUUAACUCGGACCCCAACCUGUUACCCAACAUCACCCUGGGCUGUGAGAUCAGGGACUCAUGCUGGCACUCGUCUGUGGCUCUUGAGCAGAGCAUCGAGUUCAUUCGAGACUCUCUCAUCUCCAUCCGGGAUGACAAGGAUGGAGCCAAGUGGUGCAUCGAGGGGGCCCCUUCCAGUCAGCCGCCACCCACCAAGAAGCCCAUCGCUGGGGUCAUCGGGCCUGGAUCGAGCUCGGUCGCAAUCCAGGUUCAGAACCUUCUGCAGCUGUUCAACAUCCCACAGAUCGCCUACUCUGCCACCAGUAUUGACCUCAGUGACAAGACAUUGUUCAAGUACUUCCUGCGGGUGGUGCCAUCGGACACUCUGCAGGCGCGGGCGCUGAUAGACAUCGUCAAACGAUACAACUGGACGUACGUGUCUGCAGUGCACACAGAGGGUAACUACGGGGAGAGCGGGAUGGAGGUGUUCAAAGAGCUCGCCGCGCAGGAAGGCCUCUGCGUCGCCCACUCUGACAAGAUCUACAGCAACGCAGGCGAGAGGCACUUUGACAGGCUGCUGAGGAAGCUGCGCGAACGUCUGCCUAAAGCCCGAGUGGUGGUGUGUUUCUGUGAGGGGAUGACGGUCCGAGGGCUGCUCAUGGCCAUGAGACGGCUGGGAGUAGCAGAAGAGUUUCUCCUAAUUGGCAGUGACGGCUGGGCGGACCGGGUCGAGGUGGUGGAGGGAUACGAGCAGGAGGCGGUGGGCGGCAUCACAGUCAAGCUUCAGUCUAAAGAAGUCUCCUCCUUCGACGAAUACUUCCUGAAACUCCAACUCAGCACCAACACCCGUAACCCCUGGUUCCCCGAGUUCUGGCAGUACCGCUUUCAGUGCCGCCUUCCCGGACACCCGCUGGAGAACAUGAAUUAUGCACGAAACUGCUCAGGUUAUGAAAGUCUUGAGGACAACUACGUUCAAGACAGCAAGAUGGGCUUCGUCAUCAACGCCAUCUAUGCCAUGGCCCACGGGCUGCAUGACAUGCACACUCACCUUUGCCCCGGCCAUGUGGGUCUCUGUGACAACAUGUUGCCUGUCGAUGGGAGCCACUUGCUUGAUUUUCUCCUCAAGACAUCCUUCGCGGGGGUCUCUGGAGAGGACAUUUGGUUUGAUGAGAACGGGGACUCACCUGGGAGGUACGAGAUAAUGAACUUCCAGCGUGUGGAGCCUGGUGUUUAUGACUACAUCAACAUCGGAUCCUGGCAUGAAGGCGUCCUCAGUCUGGAUGAUGAAAUGAUGCAGAUGAACCGCAGUGACAUGGUCCGCUCUGUCUGCAGCGAGCCCUGCUCCAUAGGAGAGAUAAAGGUGAUCAGGAAGGGAGAAGUGAGCUGCUGCUGGAUCUGCACUGCCUGUAAGGACAAUGAGUACGUCCAGGAUGAGUUCACAUGUAAGGCCUGUGAGCUGGGCUGGUGGCCGGACAAAGAACUGGAAGUGUGUGAACCGAUCCCUCUGCGCUACCUCGAGUGGAGCAACCCAGAGUCCAUUAUCCAAGUGGUUUUCUCCUGCAUGGGCAUCCUGGUCACGUCAUUUGUCACCUUAGUCUUUGUCUUGUAUCGUGACACACCUGUGGUCAAGUCCUCCAGCCGGGAGCUCUGCUACAUCAUCCUGGCUGGGAUCUUCCUGGGCUAUCUGUGUCCUUUCACCCUCAUCGCCCGUCCCACAGUGGCCUCCUGCUACCUCCAGAGGCUGCUUGUUGGACUCUCGGCUGCGAUGUGCUACUCUGCCCUGGUCACCAAAACCAACCGCAUCGCACGUAUCCUGGCCGGAAGCAAGAAGAAGAUUUGCACCAGGAAACCGAGGUUCAUGAGCGCUUGGGCUCAAGUUGUCAUUGCCUCCAUCCUGAUCAGUGUCCAGCUCACCUUGGAGGUCACCCUCAUCAUCAUGGAGCCUCCUGAACCCAUUAAGUCCUACCCAAGCAUCAAAGAAGUCUUCCUCAUCUGCAACACCAGCAAUGUUGGUGUUGUGGCGCCUCUGGGUUACAACGGCUUGCUAAUCAUGAGCUGCACUUACUACGCCUUCAAGACCCGCAACGUUCCAGCUAAUUUCAACGAAGCCAAAUACAUCGCCUUCACCAUGUACACCACCUGUAUCAUCUGGCUGGCGUUUGUGCCCAUCUACUUUGGCAGCAACUACAAGAUCAUCACCACGUCCUUCUCUGUGAGCCUCAGUGUGACUGUAGCUUUGGGCUGUAUGUUCACGCCAAAGAUGUACAUCAUCAUCUGCAAGCCGGAGCGAAAUGUGCGCAGCGCCUUCACCACAUCUGAUGCUGUGCGAAUGCACGUCGGCGACGGCAAGAUAGUCUGCAGAAGCAACAGCCUGCUCAACAUGUUCAAGAGGAAGAAGAACACUGGAAACGGCAGUUCUAAUGGAAAGUCUGUGUCAUGGUCUGAACCAGGUGCAAGACAUCCUCCAAAAGGGGAUCACACAUGGCACAGACUGUCAGUGCAUGUGAAGAGACAGGAAGCAGGUUCCAAUCAGAUGGCUGUCAUCAAACCCUUAACUAAUACCUACCAAAACAGAGGCCUGGAGUUCUCAGACCUUAGCACCAAGACUUUAUACAAUGUGGCAGAGGAGGACGAGGGCGAUCCCGUCAGAUACAAUUACAAUCCCCCCGUCACUCCCCCCAUGAUGGCACACGGGCAGAUUCCCCACUGUGGGCUGAUAAAAGACCAGGGAAAUGAGAUUGAGCUGUAUACCCCUGAGCAUUUACGGCCACUGAGCAUUAUCUCCCAACACAACAUCAUGGACCACCUGCAGGAGGAGAGGCUGGUUGGUAAAUUCAACAGGGACUUCCCUGAGUUUAAUGAUUUGAUAAGCAUGCCCGAAGCUGUUAGUGGUGGCAUGCCUGUGUACCACCAGGCCCACCUCAUCCAGCAGGAACCAGUCCUGCCUUUGCACCUCGACCCGUUCGAUGAGGAGCCCAACUCCCCUCUAGAGGACGAGGAGGAGAUGGAGAAUGAGCACUUUGGCCUUCUUCACGGCUACAUGUACAACAACGCUGAGAUUCAUGACGAGGAGGAUUUUGUUGAGGUCAAAUUAGCCAUGGAUGACUCUCUGGCUCUGAUGCCUCCCUCUCCUUUUCGAGAUUGCGCUGCUCCUCCGAUGAGCCCUUUUCCCAACUCGCCUGUGUCUGAGUCGAUUUUGUGCAGUCCUCCAAAUGUGACAUACGCCUCUGUCAUCCUCAGAGACCUAAAGCAAAGCUCCUCAACUCUAUGAGUGUAUUCGCCAAUCAUAACCUGUUGUAAUAUAUCCAGAAGUUCAUAAUGACUUGUGUUGUACAUGAUGAUAAGGAAAGAGUCAGUCUGUGGACUGACAGGUCCUUUUUCACUCUGUAAUUGAUAGCUUUUACAUGAUAAGGGUGAACAACAAGGCGCCAUAUUUUAAAAUUAUUUUCGAUGUUGUCUACAAUAUGAGGAUUUGUCUUACAAACGUAUGCUAACAUAAGCUUUUAAGAGAAACUAGAUUUUGUGCUUAUACGACAAACAACUAAGAUUAUCUGUAUGUACAUUUAUUAUUAUGAAUAGAUUCAUAGGGAAAAAUAGGCAACAAAACAAGCUGAUGACUUUACUGAUUCUAAACAGGAAACGUUUAGGAUGAAUAUCAUUUGUGUGUAAUGUAAAAUGUUGCAAUUUGUAAACAAUAUUUUACAAUAUGUGUGUGUUUUGUAUACCAGGAAACGAAGGGAACUUGCGUUUGAUAUUUUGGAAAAUAUAAGCAUUUGCUUUCUGAAAUGUAAGUUGAUGAGAAAGCAUUUAUAUCAUUGUACGAUCUGUCUGCUAAGAACAAAGCAGCAGCUAACAGCUAUUAGCUUAGUUUAGCAAAAAAAGACUAGACAGGGGAAAACAGCAGUACUCUGCACAAAAGCGUCGUUUUCACAUACACUGCUACAUCAGUCAUUUUUUCACUUUGGUUUUUGUAUGGAUUUAAACAAAAACAUAUAAAGUGGUUACUUGUGACUUUCAAAUGUGCUGAUCGGGUGACAGUGUGAUAUUUAGAUAUGUAGGUGAGCUGUUCCCCCAGUUUAAACUUGUUUUGCUAAGCUAACCACUUACUGGCGUUAGCUUCAAUAUCAGGGUAUAGACGUAAGAUUGGGGUAAUUUUUUCACCUUAACUUUGGUUACAAAGUAAAUAACUAUAUUCCCAAAAUGUUAAACUUGAUAAAAGAAUAAAUUAUCCGUGAUUUUUUUGAUAGAUACAGUACUGCCAGGCAACGCAUUGACUGUAUCACGAAUGUAGCAGCAGACAAGUGCCACAUUUUCAUCAAAUUCUUUGUUGUUUUGUAUGUUUAUCUAAUUUUUAUGGUCUUGAAAUGCCAUUUAGAGUAGUUUCAAGUUUGUAUCUUUUAUAUUAAUACAUCUGAUUUCAUAAUUGUAUAGAUUUAUGUAUAAGAAAUGACAUACAUAUGUUUUGUGAAUGUAUGAAUUGUGUGUCAUAUUUUGGUAUUAAGAUGUUAUCUUUAUGCAUUACAGUAUAAACUCAUUUGCUGUUUAUGCUUCCAUUGUGCGAUGGGUUGUGUACGCCAAUCAAUUUCCUGAAUAUUAAGACUUUAAGAGCCUAUCAAAACUGUAUAAUGUGAAGUGCUAAUGUUACCGUUAAAAGAACAACUUGAAUAAGGUAUUUGCAACCUGAGAUAUACGCAGUAUUAAUAAAGUCUGCCAUUUAAACAAAUCUUAACUGUAGAACAUUUAACAGGACACUUGUUUAACUGGAGUAAAGUAAGUUUUCUAUGU